AUGGAAUGGAGAGAUAUAACAAUACAAGAUUUGGAGAGAAUGAUUAGUAAAGAAGAUUGGGAAAAUAAACUAGAUGAAGUACAAGUAUCUAAAAAUGACUUGAAUAACCUUGUAAUGAACUAUUUAAUCAUUCAAGGAUACAAAGAAGCAGCAGAGAUGUUUCAAAAUGAAUCUGGUACCAAAGCAACUGUGGAUUUGAUAUCGAUUGUUGAUCGUAUGGCAAUCAGAUCGGCAAUACAAAGAGGUGACAUUGAACAAGGUAUAGAGAUUGUCAAUGACUUGAACCCAGAGAUACUCGACACCAAUCCUCAACUAUACUUUCAUCUUCAACAACAAAAACUAAUCGAAUUGAUUAAAAAGGGUAUGAUCUCUGAAGCUCUAACAUUUGCACAGGAAGAAUUGGCUCCACAAUGUGAAGAAAAUCAUAAAUUUUUAGAAGAAUUGGAAAAGACUAUAUCUUUGUUGGCAUUUGAUGAUAUUGCCAAAUCACCAUUAUCAUCAUUGGUUGAAGCAUCACAAAGACAAAAGACAGCGAGUGAAUUGAAUGCGGCCAUUCUUGUUAGUCAGAGUCAUGACAAAGAUCCCAAAUUACCAACCAUACUCAAACUAUUACAAUGGGCUCAAAAUAAUCUAGAUGAUAAACUGACCUUUCCAAGACUCAAUAUUAAUAAUAACGCUGAACUUUCUACGAUUGAUAAUAAUUCAGAUUCUGAUUCAAUGAUUGAAUAA